UACACAAGAAAAACUGAGUGAUGGAGGAAGAGGUGUUAUAUAUUUAGUUCAUUCUUUGAAAGUGAAUCUGCUAAAAGUUUUUAAGCCAUCAAGUAACAGUAUCUCCUGGCAACAUGCUAGAAUAUUGAAGAUGAAUGAAAAGAAUUAUGAUGCAAAGGAAAUCCAAGUUGGAAUGUAACUGAAGUACAGAUAAAGAGCAGUUUUCAGCUCCUGAGGAGGGCGGGGGAGGAACAUAUAAAUUGUUCAUCACAAGCAAAAAAAGUCAAGGUAACAGGCUUGGAGAAAUGAAGUUGAAAGGAUUAGAUGUUGCUCCUGAAUAGAAGUGCAAAGUCCAACGUGGUUUCACUAAAAUGACUUCACAGCAGCCUUUCCCCGCAGAUGACUUCGGUGUCUACUACGUCCUUUCAGAGUGCACAGAUCACUAUGACACCGUGCCAGUUAGCAAGGCUGACGAGGACCAGCCCCACCUCCAGGGCGUGACCGGCCUGCGGAACUUGGGCAACACGUGCUACAUGAACGCCAUCCUACAGUGUCUCUGCAGCAUCUCGCCGCUGGUGGAAUACUUUCUCUCCGGAAAGUACAUUACUGCUCUUCAAAAGGACUGCAGUAAGGUUGCCACUGCCUUCGCCUACGUCAUGACUGACAUGUGGCUUGGAGACGCAGACUGUGUCUCACCAGAAAUAUUUCUGUCAGCUCUUGGCAACCUCUACCCAGCAUUUAUGAAAAAGACACAACAAGAUGCUCAGGAAUUCUUGAUUUAUGUCCUGAAUGAACUUCAUGAAUCUCUGAAAAAGUGCCACCGAAUACGAUCCUGUGAGAAAAGGUCUGUUCCAAGAUGCUGCCGGAAGGCGAUCACCAGUGAGUCCUCCAUCGUCACCCGGCUCUUUGAAGGGCAGCUCAGCUACAGCAUCAUGUGUUUAAAGUGUGAGAACUGCACCUACAAGAACGAAGCCUUCACGGUCCUCUCCCUCCCCAUCCCAUCGGAGUACAAGUGCUCUCUUCAGGACUGUCUCCAGUGUUUUUUCCAACAAGACACUCUGACCUUGAACAAUCAAAUUCAUUGUUCCUUUUGUGAAACGAAGCAAGAAACAGUGUUGAGGGCCAGCAUUUCCAAAGCGCCAAAAAUAAUGAUUUUUCACUUAAAAAGGUUUGACAUUCUGGGUAAAAUGAAAAAGAAACUGAGAACAGAUAUUCAUUACCCACUCACUAACUUGGACCUGACUCCUUACAUCUGUCCAAUUUUUCGGAAACACCCUAAGUAUAACCUCUGUGCAGUGGUGAACCACUUUGGUGAUCUGGAUGGUGGCCACUACACUGCUUUCUGCAAGAACUCAGUGACCCGAGCCUGGUUCAGCUUUGACGAUACACGAGUCAGUGAGAUUCCAGAUACUUCAGUUCAAACUGCUACAGCCUAUCUCCUGUUCUACAGCUGCCAGCCCUUUUCUAUACCUAUAGAAAAAUGCAUGAGCUAGGAAACUGGUGUUUCCUGAAAGUUGCAAAACAAGCAAUCAGAAACUAGCACUUAAGUUUUGCUUUGUUAUUAAAAUCUUGCAACUUACUUGCAUCACUGUUAUUUUUCUUUCUGGCAUAUGUGCAACCUUAUAUAAGUUGGUCUAUAGUCAAGAAGAUGGGUCCUUGAACAUUGAAAAAGGCAGUAUGAACAUAAUACAAUGCCAAUAGCCAAAGGCUUAGAAAAGCACUACAGAUUAUAUAGUAAAUUCAGGCUUCAAAAUUCAAUGUUUAUUAGGGUAGACUUUAAUCAAAGUAUCUCAUAAUUAUAUAUAUGUGCAUACAUAUAUCCCACAAAUUUCCCAAAGAUACUUAACAGAAC